AUGGGUGGGCCCUACCCCGUAGUGGGUUGUGCCAUGUCGCGCAGAGUGCUGGGCCAGCCAAUCUCCAAGCGCCAGCGCGGUCCAUUCGGCGAGGCAUCUCUCCUGCUCGGACACCUCAUCGACUCGGCAAGUCGGGCAGCCACCGACAGGCCCGUGACGCCACCGCCAAAACCCAAGCGCAGGAGGCGGGGCACAAGCUCCCGGGUGUGCGGUGUGUGCGAGCGAAUCUUCAGCAGCCGCUCGGCCGUGCGACGCCACCUGGUGACGCACACGGGUCACAGGCCGUUCUCGUGCACCGUGUGCGGCCGCCACUUCUCUCUCAAAGGGAACCUCAUGGCCCACAAUCUGACGCACUCCGGAGCGAAGCCCUUCGAGUGCCACCUGUGUCCGCAGGUGUUCUCGCAGCGAUGUUCGCUCAACCGUCACCUUCGAAGAACGCACGAGAGAGGAGCGAAGUGA